AUGGCGCUCGGACCGCGUCUGCGCGAAGACGAGCUGGACCAGAUCCUCAGCUUCCUCGACCGCCAAGAUGCGCUUUCCGUCGCUCUCACCUCCAAAGCGCUCUACGUCCUCGCCAUGCCAUAUAUCAUCGCCUACGCCCGCCUACCCGAACACCCCACUAUGGCUCGGUUUUCAAACGAGAACUACUUCCUCCUUGCCCACGACACUUUCCUUCCAAACCCUCGCUCAAACUACGCUUGGCACUUCAACUUACCUGGCCACAAGGCCGCCAGUGGGGGCAACCUAUGGGACUCCCGUCGAGGACGCAAGCGCCACGUUGGCCGGGUCCUUACGGUGCUCAAAAGACUCCCUCAUCUGCGCUGCGUAACCAUACCAGCUACUGAAGAAUACGUGCAACGAGCUCCCCUCAUUCUGGACAUCCUCGCCACCUUGCCUCACCUAACCGCCCUUUGGCUCCUCCACGCGUCCACACUCACGGUCGGUUUACUACCCACGGCGCUCGCCCCACUCACCUCUACCCUCCGUCACCUCUUAAUCUCCUUAGAAGGGACCGACACCCCUAUUCCCACCAGCCACUUCUCGCGCCUCUUCCGCGCACUUUCCGCCCUCCCUUGCCUCACCAAGCUGGCCAUCACCUCCGUCUACACGUGGGAUCAGCUGCUCGCCGACUACCACCCUGGGUCCCCGUUCCCCCUCUUUGCGCCCCUCCCAAACGUCCGCCACCUCACUUUGCUCUCAUGCCCGAUGGAGAUCGUCCCGUUCUGCCCACACGUCACCGACCUCCACGUUGAGCAGCAUAAUGCGUCUCUCGAACUAGCCCUCACCCGGCACGAGUGGCCGGCCCUCCGCACGCUCACAUGCGAGCUCCCGAUGAUCGGAACUCCCCCGAAGCCUCCUGCCCCGUCCUCCUUACUGUACCGCCCACCGCCCCACGUCGGCCGGCUUUGCGUACCAGAGGGCAUACCGGUCGUGCUGAACGCGUCCGACCUGGAGCUGGGGAAGGAGUGGGCGCUCAGUGCCCCUCUUGGGAGUUUCCUUGAGCUGCUCUCGGGCGUGGUGUCCGGCCUGGAGCUGCCUGUGUCCGUGGAAGCCGCGGAACCGUCUCGUACGCGCACGGAUCCGGAGAGGCCGCUGUUGUGGCCGCGGAUGGCCGGCCGUCUGCGGACACUGCACCUCACCAUCGCGUGCGACAUGAAGUGCCCGAGCGUGUUCUCGGAGCUGAUGACAGCGCUGGUCACUGUGCUUUCGACCGUCUCCCCCGUCUACUUCAACGCCACACUCGAGCCGAAGCCAAUCCACCUCUACGGCGGUGACAUCGCGACUCUGGAGAACGGUGACUUUGCCGUCGAGCUCGAACGCGUCCGCGCCCUCCGUGUGGCACUUCCGGCCGCUCUCGCAGACGCAGCGCCGACGCUCCGCGUCCUCGGCUUGGGAUCCUGCGCGGUCUCUGAGGAGAUGCUCGCCCAGAUCGAGGAACGCGCUUCGAGUUCUCAGGACGAAGGCACGCGCGGCGACGCAGAAGCAGACCAAGACGCGCAGACGUCGAGCGCCCUGUGCGCGGCGUUGCAGCGCAUCGCGCAAGAGCCGCUCAGCCGCGUCCAUCGGUGGUGGUGGAUCGAGCGCGGUGCAGGUUCAGUCGGCGCCGUCGAGAUCUGGCGUGAGGUCGGGGAGCGGGCGCGCGGGAUGGCUGAGCAGGAGGGUUUCGAUCCCGACACCGGCUUCGACGGGUUCUUCUCCAAAAGGUGGAUCUACGAACCAUAA